CGGGGGCGGUUUUCUAAUGAAGACACAGCAGCAGUGGGCCUCUUAAACACGACCCGUGGGCGAAGAGUUCCCCAGACUUUCGGGCACAGUCGAGCGUCGCAUGUUCACUAUGGUUCCAGUCCUCCACACACUACUGUUCCGAUAGAGCCUGCUGAAUUCGACACUUUAAAAUAUCCCUGCAAGACAAAUUCAAAAGCCUGCAGUGGCCCUGGACUCGGGGCUUGGGCGGAAGGGGGGAGACGAGGAGGAACAGGAGAAGCGAGGAGAAGAGGCCCUCAAGGAACACAGGCGCUGGCGAUGCGUGGGCACCCCCAGCGGCCCACACGACCAGCGAAAUGUCAAAGCCACACGCGCACACAACCAGCGGGCAAAAAAACCCACCGCAGGUUCAUGUUCCACGGGCCGUGCAACUUCUCAAAUGAUGCGAAUGUGACUUCCAUUCCUACCGUGGCAGUGGGAGGAAGCCAGCAGAGGAGGGGAGGAGCGCAGAGGAAACGAAAAUGGCAGAGAGCAGCGCUAAGUUGUUCAAGCCAGCAUAGAAGCUGAAGCCAGGGAGUUUGAAAAGUGCGCUAUAGCUGAAAAUGAUGGGCUGUACAAGGGGAGGGAACCCUCUUGAGGAAAAAGGAGGGCGACCCCCUCAUGCAAGCCCCCACAUGCAAGCCUGGGCCAAACUGCAGCGCCGCCCUGGUAAUUGGAGCAUCGUUAGAUCAAAAAGCACAUGCGAAUGAGAUGGGGGGGCAGAGUGAGAGGGAGAGAGAGAGAGAGAGGAGGGAUGAAAGGCGUGCGCAAAACCUAUACACAGGCGGGACCCCACUCAGAAUCCGCGCUCACAAUGCUGCUCUCGCCAUGCUACUGCUGGCCCGCGUAGUGCGGCUCGACCACGUUGCAAUCGAAGUUGUGCUAAUACUGGAAGUCGCGCUGCUCGACCAGACCGUGCUCACACUGCUGCUCACAGUCUUCGUGAAGCUAACCGUGGAACUGGCCGUGGACGUCGCCGUGCUUCUGCUGGCACGCGUAGUGUUGCUCAACAACGUUGCAGUGGCAUCCGUGCAACUAGAGAUCGCGCUCCUCGUCCAGACCGUGGUCACACUGCUGCUCGCGGUUGUCACGAAAUUCAUCGUGAAACUGGCCGUGAACGUCGCCGUGCUACCGCUGACCUGCGCAGUGUUGCUCGCCACGUUGCAAUCGAAACUAUUCUACUAGAAGCGGCGCUGCUCGACACGACCGCGCCCACACUGCUGCUCGCGACUUAGGCGUCGGUGCCGGUGUAGGCGCUGGCGCCGGUGCCGUCGUAGGCGUUGGCCUUUGUGCUGGCGUCGGAGCUGGCGUCGGCGCUGGUGUUGGAGCUGGCGCCGGUGCUGGCGCUGGUGCUGAUGUAGGCGCUCCCAAGCCGGCGCGCCCAAGCUGACGCGCAAGGUUGGGCCUCGGAUAGCAGAUGGGCUGGCACGCCGAAAUGAGUAGGCAAGGUGGGGGACAUGAUAGCGGACGGGCCGGCACGCCGAAAUGGGUGCUCCAAGAUGGCCCCAGAACGGCCCAAGAGGGCCCCAAAUU